UGUGGUUGCCAAGCAACAGCUUACCAGUUUGCAGGUGACGACCACUGACAAAACAAAUAAAAGUGUGCGUUUUGUCAUUGCUGGUGUGAGGCAGUGUGUGUCCCUCAGCAGACACCUCAUCAUGCACUUCAGUUGCUCUUAAUGUGUUGUAUGUUUUCCAAAAAUAGCAGAAGGUUUGGCAGCAUGUUGUGAGCAGAAUGUAUCUUUUGCCGGGGACGAUGCCACAAUACCAUCUUUCAUAAACCUUAACAAUAACUCAUCUUGACCAUUUUUUAAAAGGUUGCUUCAGUUUUAUUUUUUGUAUCUGCCUUUAUUCUUUCACAGGAGGAGGACAUGAAUGUAAUUGUGUUUGUGCUGCUCAGAUGACAAAUCUUUAUUUAAUAUUAGAGGAAGCUGUGUGCUCUAUAGAUUGUAAAGUCUGAGGUUUUUGAUAUACACAAACACAAAACAUUUGAUAAUAUGUCUUUGCCCGACCACUGUGACUGUUACUGGGAAAAAAUGAACUGCCAUUGAAGUGAGGAAUUUAUUUAGUUUGGCAGAAACAGCCCACUUGAAUCAAAAAGGAUCUUGGAGAAUUCAAAGAAUUCAGAUUAAGAAAACUAAAAUUGCUUAAUAACAUGUCAGUUAAAUGUAGAAAUAUUAUUUGGCUGAGAAAACUUGAUUAAGAUAGUCAUAAAGAGUUAUAGUGAAAUAUAACUGGAUUCAAUUAAAACAAAAGCCUUGAUUGUUAUGCGACAGAUGUGAUAUGGAAAACCAGACUUUCAGGGAGGAUAUCCUGAUCCUGGAGGGGUUAAAGGUCACCUCCCAGUCCUUCAUUCUUGCCUUUCUGCUGCUCCUCAUAAUUUACAUCUUCAUCAUGGUGUCCAACAUUGGACUGCUUGUCUUGAUUUUCAGGAGCAGGAGUCUCCACCAGCCUAUGUAUCUGCUCUUCUGCAACAUGAGUAUUAAUGAUGUUUUUGGUGCGACGAUAAUUAUCCCUCAUAUACUCCAAGAUCUUUUAAUAUCAAACUCUGUGCGGUAUAUCCAAUACAUCAACUGUGCCAUUCAGGCCUUCUGUGUUCAUCUCCAUGCAAGUGCCUCUCACACUGUGCUUAUGAUCAUGGCCUUUGACCGCUACGUGGCCAUCUGCAACCCCCUGCAUUAUGCCACCAUCAUGACCAACAGGAUGGUAGUAAAGCUGUCGGUGUCUGCCUGGAUGAUCUCCUUGGUGAUGGUGCUGAUCCUCGUGGGGCUCAGCAUCCGCUUGUCGCGCUGCAGGUGGAUUAUAUUCAACCCAUUUUGUGACAACGCCUCCUUGUUCAAGCUGUCCUGUGAAAGUGUCCUCAUUAAUAACAUCUAUGGCCUCGGCUACACGGUGGUCCUGCUGGGUUCCUCCAUUGGUAGCAUUAUUCUUACCUACCUGAAAAUUGCUGCUGUGUGUGUGCUCAGCAAGAACAAGGUGGUGAACAGUCGGGCGCUGCAGACCUGCACCACCCAUCUGGCCGUGUACAUCAUCCUGUUGGUGUCUGGCUUCAUCAUUGUGAUCCUGCACCGUUUCCCUCACCUGUCAGACCACAGGAAAGUGGCAGCAGUCCUGGGACAUGUUGCCUUACCUGCUCUGAAUGCUGUAAUCUAUGGGCUACAGAUUAAAGAGGUCAGGCAAAGGAUUAUGACUCUGUUCCAUAACAAUAAAGUAGCUCUAAUGGAAGUCAAAUGAUGUAAUUAUGACUAUAUGUGAGGAGUCGAUGAACUGAUAUCUGCAUGUUGAAAUAACUGCAAUACUGUGGUACUGUGUAUAUCAUAUUAUGGUAAUAAAUUAAGCUUGCAUUGCAUUGUUUCACAAUCCACCCCUUACUGUAAUGUAAUGGUAAUUUACAUAAAAUCUGUAAAUCCAUCCAUCCAUUUUCUAUACCACUUAUCUGUCAGGGUCACGGGGGUUUGGAGUCAAUCCAAGCUGACUACAGGUGAGAGGCGGAGUUCACCUUGGACUGGUCAACAGUCAAUCACAGGGCUGACACACAAAGACAGACAACCACACACUCACACCUUGAGAGCAGCCCAUUAAC